UAAAUGAACUGCUUGGAAGAGGGAAAAGGGAUCUUAUACCAGAUGAAAUGUAUGAGGAUGAGAAAAACAAGACAAAGAAGAACAAGUUCCAAUUAGUUCCUGACCAUGAAUCCUCAGACAUCAACCAACCAGUCAGUACCACCCUUGGUACCAAUUACAUCAGGUUCAGCUGUUCAAGGAAGCGGAGGAGGAGGUGUUCCCAAAGCAGCUGUACCUUGUAAAACACUUCAGGAAACCAUCAAGGCCAUUGAAACUCAGAUAAAUAUUAUGGAGAAGAUUGGUCAGCUUUCAUCAAAGCAAGAAGGUGACUUGACUAAGCUUCGUGAACUACAUCAGAAGGCUCUGCAGGAACAAGAGAGGCUCCGAGUUGAGAAGAUGCAUGGUAAUAUGGCCCCAAUUCAUCAGCAACCCAACUCGGCUACACAGGCAAUCAAGUCAAUAGCAUCCAGCAGCAACAACAACAGCAAUGUCCAGCUUGGUGCGAGUAGUAGCAGUAGUAGCAGCUCCCAUUCACUGCAGCAUUCGUCAUCUAGUAUACGUGAUACGCCUAGAGAAUCACCCAUCUCAAUGUCCAUAGGAGCCGGUGGGGAUACAGGAGAUUCAUCCAAGAUUCUGAACAAGAAGAAGAUCCAAGAUCUUGUGAGAGAGGUUGAUCCAAACACACAGCUUGAUGAAGAUGUUGAAGAGAUGUUGCUUCAAAUAGCUGACGAUUUCAUAGAGAAUAUAGUGACUGCAGGCUGUCAGUUGGCCAAACAUAGAAAGUCUUCAACCCUUGAAGUCAAAGAUAUCCUUAUGCAUCUAGAGAGGAAUUGGAACAUGUGGAUACCAGGCUACGCACCAGACGAAGCACCCAAAGCUCACAAGAGACCCGCAUCUACAGAGGCGCAUAAACAAAGAAUGGCUCUUAUACGAAAAACACUCAAGAAAUAAACAACAUUGGAAUAU